AUGAAGUCUCUGGCAAAAGCUUCUAAAUUAGUACAAGGUUCGAGUACCAGUCCAAUCGCCAUACAGUCGUCGAUUAUGUUGAUCCGAACUGACGGUGUGAAGUUUCUGUGCCCUAAUGCGGCCCUCCCCGACCCGGCCACUGGAACAACAUCUGCAACCUGUACUCUUAUUUAUGGUAGCCAUAUUUAUGUAACACAUGGACAUUGGAAGCCCAUUGCACUUACGAUGAUCUCAAAUCUGUCAAGACGUUUUUUGUCAGGUGAUAAAGAUGUUAGCAAGUUAGUGUUGAAAAUUGGAUCAGUACGGCUUCCUGUUGCUGGAGCAGUUCGACCCGAGUUCGUUCCUGCACGAGUUGGUGGUUCUGGAAUACGUUCUUCCAACAACGAGAUUCUCACACAUUUAAAAUGGCUGCUGCAAAAAGAGAUUUUAGGCCAGGAUACUUUUUUGAUGGGUGUCCCUGGCUCCUCGCGAACAAACAUUGCCUUAGAAUACCUCGAAUUGUGCAACCGUGAGUAUGAAUAUCUUGCUGUGACACGUGACACCACUGAAGCUGAUAUCAAACAACGUAGAGAGAUUAGAGGCGGUACUGCUUUCUACACUGAUCUGUGCGCAGUUCGAGCAGCGUUGCAAGGACGUGUUUUGGUGAUAGACGGAGUCGAAAAAGCAGAGCGGAAUGUCUUACCAAUUCUGAAUAAUCUUUUAGAGAACAGGGAAAUGCAACUUGACGAUGGACGUUACCUCAUGCAUCACGAUAAGUAUGAUAAGUUAAAAAAUAACUACACACCAGAUCAACUCCGUGCUAUGGGUAUUGAACGGGUAUCUGAACGUUUUCAUGUUAUUGCUCUCGGUUUACCCGUUCCUAAAUUUCCUGGAAAUUCACUCGAUCCUCCUCUUCGGUCAAGAUUUCAGUGUCGUACCGUACCAGAGCCUUCGUUCGAGAGUACUCGUCGUCUAUGCAGCGGAUUAGCCCCUAAUGUAUCCUCAAAUUCGAUAAGUGACUUGAUUUCAAUGAUCUACGCUAUUAACUCACAAUCCGAACUUGGCAUUCCUCGUGUUUCAAUGGAGCUUCUCCCGAGGAUUAUGCGGAUAUGGAAUAUCAAUCCUCUGUAUUCCGCUGUGAAUAUGUUCGACCUUGUGUAUCCGUGCAGGAGUAUGUUUAAGGAGUAUCAAACAAGGCUUGUAGAGGAUUUCGUAAAGAAAUUCAUCAGUGAGAGAACGCCUCCGCCUUCUUCAGUCAUAGCUUCUGUAGAGAUGGUUGACAACGAAACAAGAAAAGCAGAUAUCUGGAUUGAACAGUCGGGGAAUCGAUUAACGUUCACUACAGAUGUGACUAAACCAUCAUGUUCUGAAGAACGCGACUUUGUUUCCACACCACAGCACGAAACUCUGCUUGCUAAUCUUGCAAUCGCUCAUUCUCAAGGAGACUUUGCCCUCAUCGGUAACAAAGGAUCCGGAAAAACGAAGCUCGUUGGAGAGUUGGCUGCUCGAUUAGGUUUCACCACCGAUACAAUGGUCCUCUAUCAAGAUAUGAACUCCCGUGAAUUGUUCCAACGUCGUCGAAUGCUAGACAGUGGAGAUACUUUGUGGGAAGACAGUCAACUUGUUGCAGCUGCAAAGAGAGGAGAUGUUUGCGUGCUUGAUGGGGUGGAGAAGGUUCAUUGGAGUACGCUUGAGUCAUUGGGAACACUUUGCCAUCAUCGAUUGUUAUUCCUUCCGGAUGGAAGCCGUAUGGUUGGAGAAGAAGAGUUUCGCAAUAUUCAAGAAAGGACCGGGUAUGAUGAAGCCCUCCUCAGUUCAAGAGGAGUAUUUCGUAUACCGAGAUCAUUCCGGCUCGUACUUAUUGGUGAUACAUCUGCGGAGAAUGUGUGGUUGAAGGAAUCUGUCAUGAGUCUCAUGCCUUUCCUUCAGUUGCAGAAGUUGACCAACGAAGAACAAUGCUGCAUCAUUAACGAGAUGGUUCCACCUGGGGCAGCUGAAACAACACGAAAGCUAAUUAACUUCGUCGAAAGGCUGAGGUCAUCCAGUGACGCUGGGCUAAGAGGUGUUGCUCUUUCGUUAUCAAUGCGAAAGCUCAUCCACAUUGUCAAGCGGGAUUGUUUGCACCCCGGCGAAUUAAGAGGCCUCGUGGAGAACGCUUCACUUGCAAAAUUUCUUCCGUCUGUUACGCGUUUAUCAUUUUACGCUGAACUGGAUAAAGCUGGCUUUGCAGCGGAUUCUGCCACAUCUACAGAGUUUUCCGAUGAUGUAUCGUUUCUUCUGAGCCAGCACAGUGUACAAGAUAGGAAUGAGGCGCUGAUACCGGAUGUUCUUUUCUACGACAAUGAUCAACACAUGAGCAUAAUUCGGAAUAUGGCACGUGAUAUGAGAUUGGGUGCUCACCUUCUGCUUAUUGGAAACCAAGGAGUAGGAAAAAAUAAGAUAACAGAUCGAUUCCUUCAUUUGAUUCAGAGGCCCCGUCACUACAUGCAGCUUCAUAGAGAUACUACAGUAGAAUCACUUACCAUGCAGACGACUGUCGAAAAUGGAGUUUUACGAUACGAGGACUCUGCCUUAGUUCGUGCUGCAAGAGAUGGACACGUUCUUGUUGUGGACGAAGCUGACAAGGCUCCUCUUCAUGUUGUUGCUUUCUUCAAAAGUCUUCUAGACUCAGGGACUCUCCUACUUGGCGAUGGUAGGCGGAUACAGCCAGCUUCUGCUCCUCCGCGUGAUCGAAGUAUAAUACUACAUCCCGACUUUCGUAUAAUCAUGCUAGCUAAUCGACCUGGAUUUCCAUUUCUCGGAAACGAUUUGUUUGGUGUACUUGGUGAUUUGUUCUCUGUGCACAUGGUCGAUAACCCUAGUCGGGAAAGUGAACUCGAUAUGCUUAAGAAGUAUGCACCGGAUGUUGAAAACGCUACUCUGCUGAAACUUAUGGCAGCGUUCACGGAACUUCGAGAAAUGGUUAAUGAUGGAGUACUGCAGUAUCCUUACUCUAUAAGAGAAUUGGUUAAUAUUGCAAAGCACAUUAAUAAAUUUCCCGAAGACUCCAUCACUGCAGCCAUCAGAAAUGUAUUCGAUUUCGACUCCUUUUCAACUGAUGCCGUAAAGUUGAUCCAAGAAGUCUUCCAAAAACAUGGGGUUCCUUUCGGUAUUGAAGAGCUAUCUAAACGGAUUUUCCUCUCUCAUCGAUUUCCCAUCGAUCCAUCUUCUCCGGUUGGAGUUUGGGGACUUGAUAGUAGUGGUGUUUCUGUGGAAGUGAACACAAAUGAAGCUCAUCUGAUUGUGAAGGACGAUAUUCCCAUGAAGUAUAAGUCGCUGAAAUUAGUUAAGGAGCACAUGCGAACUAAACAAUUCACGGAACAGGAUUGUGCAUGGCAGAUUCCUAUGCUGGAUGUGAAUAUUUGUUCUGAUGGACUUGUAGUUGGUAACACUCUAGUAGUGGCUACUGUGAAUCCUCCUCGCCUGUACCUUAUGAGAGAUCUGAAUGAAGCGAACCAGGUUCACGAGGUGGAUAUUUCUCCAAUGUUCAAGUCUCUGCGGCAUUUGCUGAAGUAUCAACCAAGACUAACACUUUCGACCUGCGGAAACGAGAAAAUUCUGGUUCACGAGGAAGUUACGAAUUCGAUGUGUAUAGUGGAUUUGAAAAGGGAUCUAAUCCAGCACAUAAAUCUAGGAUCCUCUGCGUUCGACAGCCUUGCUAAAAUUUUGAAUAGUAGCGAGUAUCGUUUGGUUCGUGGAGCUUCUACUCUUUUUGCUCGUGAUGGGAAACAACUAUUUGUUAUCAAGGAGGACGGAUUUGUUACGCUGAUGAAUCUGAAAGAAGAAAUCUCUAACGUCUUUCUUCUCCAAGAAGAUAGAUACGUUGUCAAACAAAAGAACGGAAGUUAUGGGUUUCUUUUCCGUGAAGGGAACACCUGGAAACUGCAGUCUAUUUCUACCAACUUUACGACUCCUAUUGAUAUCGAUGGCAUUUGUGUACACGAAAACUCCGUUCACCUCUCUGACGAAAAUUUCUACUUCUUAAAAAGUGGAUUUCCAUUGUCACUGGACUCCAAAGAAGUUCUUGGAAGCGCUCGUCACAAACUUUCUGACGUAGUCGAUAUUCGUCGUCCACAUUACUUGUCAGAUGAGGAGACUAAGAAAUUUGUCAAUCCCCAACGGAAUUUCGUAAUAAUGCGAGAUGGUGUUGUGGUGAGGGCGCAACCGAAUUGGAAUGUGCCGAAAGACGCUCUCAAAGAAGCCAAGCAUGGAGUUCACAACGUUGGGGGAUUUCUGGAGGCUGUUGAUUCGGUUAAUGGUCUCGUUCAAUAUGUUCCCGUACCGAGUGCAAAGCAUCAGAGUUAUCAUGGAUCAUGGAUAUCAACAAUCUCUCGAACUCAAUUUGUAAUAGUUCCGUAUAGUGACGAUAAGGUGCUUACUGUUGACACAAACGGUGGAGUGCGAUCUUUUGAACUGUCUCCGACUACGCUUGGGAGAUCAUAUAAUGAAUGGAAUCAUCUCGUAGGAGGAACAGAGGACCAAAAUUUGCGGAUAGAGUUUGAACGUGAACCUGACGCAUUCGAUAUUUCAAAACUGCUCGACCCGAAAAUUGGCAAAUUCGAUCCGUCCAAUGCUCCGCAUCAUGGUGGUAAUCAGUGGAUGGGUGGAACUGGUGGCUACAGUACUGCUGGCUUAGGAGGUGUUGGAGGACCGUUCAGACUUGAUGCAGGACAUGAUGUGCACCAGAUGCCCGAUUCCGCUAAACAGCGUGUGCCUGAACAUAUUCUCAAAAAAGCUAGAGAAAUAUCCAGAGCAGAAUAUCAAAAGAAGCUAAAGGAAAUAGCCAUGUCGGAAUACGAUGGUGAAGCAUAUAUGUCGCUAUGGAACAAAAUCGAGAAGCACUCUACUCUUUUGCGCUCUAUUAUCGAACAACUAGAAGCGAAAGAAAAAGAACGACAAUGGGCCCGUCAUCAAACUUCCGGUGACCUUGAUGACGGAAAGCUUAUUGAAGGAAUUGUCGGAGAGAGAAAUAUUUACAAGCGUCGCAUUGAUAAGCUGCCUGAAUUAGGAGCACCGCAACUAAAACCAAAGAAAAUGCGUCUGUGUUUUGACGUAUCAGGAUCAAUGUAUAGAUUUAAUGGUUACGACCAAAGGCUCAACAAAUCUCUCGAGGCUGCGUUGAUGGUUAUGACGUCUUUCGAAGGAAAACACGAUAAAAUCACCUACGACAUCGUUGGACACUCAGGCGACGGUCCAUGCAUAGAAUUCGUUACGAAAGGACAUUAUCCGAAAAACAAUAAAGAACGUUUAGACAUAUUGAAGCAAAUGCUGGCUCACACCCAGUUUUGUGCAAGCGGAGAUUUCACCGUUGAAGGACUCGAUGAUGCAAUGAAAACGUUGAGCAAAGAGAAAGAUUGCGACGAAAGAUUUGUUGUUCUCAUUUCCGAUGCUAAUUUGGAUAGAUAUGGAAUAUCUCCAAAAGAUCUACUCAAGGUUAUGAAUAGACAUGAAAACGUCCGCUCAUUUGUGAUACUAAUUGGAUCUUUGGGUCAGCAAGCUGUUAGGUUGCAAGCAUCACUACCAGUUGGCAAAGCCUUUGUCUGUGAAAAUAUGUCGGAUCUUCCAAAGAUCAUGCAAAACAUAUUCACAUCUACACUCGCGUAG